AUGGUCUCCUUCACUACCCUCCUCACCGCCGCCACGGCGCUGCUCGGCACCGCACUUGCCGCGCCCGGCGAGCUCAUGCGCCGACAGUCCACCCCCAGCUCGACCGGCUUCCACGACGGAUACUAUUACUCGUGGUGGACCGACGGUGGCUCUCAGGUCACUUAUACAAAUGAGGCUGGUGGCCGAUACAGCGUCCGUUGGUCGUCCGGCGGAAACUUUGUCGGUGGCAAGGGCUGGAACCCCGGUGGUCCCAAGACCAUCACCUACUCCGGCACUUACAGCCCCAACGGCAACAGCUACCUCGCCGUCUACGGCUGGACCACCAACCCCCUCAUAGAGUACUACAUCGUCGAGUCCUACGGCACCUACAACCCUGCCACGGGCGCCACCCGCAUGGGCUCCGUCACCUCCGACGGCGGCACCUACGACAUCUACGUCUCCACCCGCACCAACGCCCCCUCCAUCGAGGGCACCCGCACCUUCAAGCAGUACUGGUCCAUCCGUACCUCCAAGCGCGUCGGCGGCACCGUCACAACGGGGAACCAUUUUAACGCCUGGGCCCAGGUCGGGCUUAACCUCGGUACUCACAAUUACAUGAUUGUUGCGACCGAGGGUUACUUUAGCAGUGGUUCGGCGACCAUUACUGUCGGUUCGUCCAGCAGCGGCGGCGGCAAUACUGGAGGUGGCAACACCGGCGGUGGUAACACUGGCGGAGGCUCCAGCUGCGCUGCCAUGUGGGGACAAUGCGGUGGCCAAGGCUGGACUGGCCCUACCUGCUGCCAGUCAGGCACUUGCAAGGCCUCCAACCAGUGGUAUUCUCAGUGCCUUUAA